AUCGUUUCGCCAUUUUUUCUUACUCAUUCUUUUUACCGUUUGAGUGAGCGCGUGGCAAGUCGUUCCCGCUGUGGUCCGUUGUUGAAAAUUCGCAAGCGAUUUAGACGCCGCCUAAAAACCUCCCAACCAACGCUAGCACCAUGAAGAUCUACAAGGACAUCAUCACCGGCGACGAGAUGUUUGCCGACACCUACAAGAUGAAGCUGGUGGACGACGUGAUCUAUGAAGUGUACGGCAAGCUGAUCACCCGCAUGGGCGACGACAUCAAACUGGCAGGCGCCAACGCCUCCGCCGAGGAGGCUGAUGAGGGCACCGAAAUCUCCUCGGAAAGCGGCGUGGAUGUGGUGCUGAACCACCGAUUGUCGGAGUGCUUUGCCUUCGGCGACAAGAAGUCGUACACCGUCUACCUGAAGGAAUACAUGAAGAAGGUGCUGGCCAAGCUGGAGGAAAAUUCGCCCGACCAGGUCGAUGUCUUCAAGACCAACAUGAACAAGGCCAUGAAGGAUAUCCUCGGCCGCUUCAAGGAGCUCCAGUUCUUCACCGGCGAGUCCAUGGAUUGUGACGGCAUGGUGGCCCUGGUGGAGUACCGCGAAAUCGAUGGCCAAAGCCAGCCCGUUCUGAUGUUCUUCAAGCACGGCUUGGAGGAGGAGAAGUGCUAGAUGACGUCCCAAAUCCCGGCAGUAGGCCUGUGCAUUAGGGAUCAUAGUUGCCCCCUGCCUCUGGGCGGACUAGGAGCGGAUUACCGAACGCUACAGGCCUACAUACUCAUGCAUACCUUCUACAUAUUUAUCAGAAACUUAGUUACAAUUUUGAGUCUUAAAUUUAUGUUAAACAAGCUGACAAAUCCCUGUAUCUCGAUCUGUGCGAUUUUAAUUGAUUUUGGUUAGAGAACCCAUCAUAAUAUUCGAUUCUAUGUGUUUAUUGUUUAACUCAGAGCGGCAGCCACAGCGGAGCAACUACGAUAGCUAAAACAAAUAAAUUACGCCAACUAUUGUAA